AUGGAUAACAUCACCUUUAACAACUGGUGGCCGGGGUGUGGGUAUGAAGAGGUCACGCAGAGUUGUACGCACCCUUGUUACAACGCCAGUAUCCUCGAGGACAUGGACGCUUUUAACAAGAACGCCAACGGGAGUAUUGUGACCUACCAGAGUCGCCCAGGAACCAGUUACGAUGGCAGUCCCAUCGGUGUAGUCGAUUUGGCAGGAUGGUGGCUGCCGGCGCCUGGCGACUCGCCAGCGUCACCAGCGCCCCGAAUCGUGCUACAGCAUGGCUUCACAUCAAACUCGAACAAGCUCUUUCCGCAGUUUGCAGCGUAUAUGCUCCGCUCCCUUGGAUUCAGCGUUCUUGUGCCAAACUUCCGGGACCACUGCUACUCGGGCAACACCUCCGAGCACGUCUACCAGUGGAGCAACGCGUACCCCUACGACCUGCUUGGCGCCUGGGACUACGCCAGGAUGGGCCCCGAGGGUCUCCUCGGCGGGCCUCGGGACACCGGGCAGGUCGGGCUCAUGGGGUUCUCCAAGGGUUCCUUCGUGUCCUGUAUCGCGUUCGGCCUUGAGGGCUCUGUGCCGGCCGCCUGGCUGGACUCCGGACCCUGGAAGCCCAAGUCGGUGUUUGAGCACGGCGCCCGCCAGACGCUCGACGGGUGGGGGAUUGGCUUCGCGAGCGACAUUCUCAUAGGCCCCACCUGGGACGCCGUGAAGAAGGCGGCGCUGGAGAAGGGGGUCGACCUCGAUUGGCAGCUUCCGGAGCACACGCUCCCAACGGGGCCAGACACGAUGAGGCCAGUAUACAUCCUCCAAAACAUGGACGACGAAACGGUGCCCGUUGCUGAGAACGACCUGCUUAGAGACAUGCUUGCGAAAUAUCCCGAGAAGUACACCGUGGCAGGUGAUUGGGUGUUCACGGGCAAGUGCUAUGGGGGCGCCCACCUCUUCGAGAUGUUUCGAAGCUAUACGGAGUACAGAGACCAGCUCUGCUCGUUCUGGUCGGCCGCUUUCGGGCUGGGAGAGUCGCACUGCAAAAAGUAUGCGUGA